CAGAGCUGUGUGGAGCGCAUGGAGCUGAACAUGGAGUACACACAUAACUUUUAAACUAGGGAGGAAAGCUGACUUUUUGUCCUGGAGAAAGCUGCUUAUCAACCAGACAAUAUGGAGACGGAUUUACCAUCAACUUUAUCUGCUGUCAACACCCAGGGAACAUGCCCUGUCACGGAUGGACCCUCUCCUCCCUCCCCCACACAGACUCCUCCUUCAGUGGUCUCCAGUGACCUCUCUGCUGCACCAUCUCACCCUGACAAACCUCCAUCCUCAGCACAGGCCACCACACAACCCAGAGAAUUAUCUUAUUCCUCUCAAACAUCUGCUAAAUCGAUGGAUUCUGAACAGGAGUCAAAGCCUUCAACUCCUGCUGCACCUUCUAAACCCACAUCAAAACCUGCGUCCACUAAAACUUCCCCUCCUGCUCCAAGUAAAACUGUUACCUCUCCUAACUGCUCUGUCCCUCCAAUCCCCAAAAAGUCACCUAUUUUCAAACUCACAUCUCCGUCCUUUACAUCUUCAAGCUCAACUGACAGCACUCCAACAAAUUCCCCCACAGCUUCUACAACUUCUUCCCCCGCUCCUGUGAAACGCACCUUUGCCUCAGUAGCCAAGCGGGUGAUAAUCCAGGAAAGAAUCAGGAGAGCAGAGGAGGAAGCUGAUGAUGAAGAUGAUGAUGAAGAACCAGAGGAAGAUUUGUCUGUGGAGCAGCUGGAGGAGAAGGCCAAAGCUGGUGAUGCCAGAGCUCAGACCCGGCUGGGUCAGCACUACUUGCUUCUUGCUGAAGAGAAGGACACAGAGCUAAAUAAUCGUGUGGCUGUUAAUUGGCUGAUUAAAGCAGCUAAACAGGGAAGGAAAGGUGCAGCAAAAGCACUGCAGCGCUGCUGGAUCCAGAGAAAAGGAAUCACCCCAGAAAAUGAGGCCGACGUGCGCAUGUUGUCAACAGAAAGUAGGUUUGAGCUGGCGGUACGUAAAGCCGCCAUGAUGAUGUACUGGAAACUCAACCCGGAGAAGAAGAAAAAGGUGGCUGUGGCUGAGAUGCUGGAAAAUGUCAGCCAGGUCAACGCAGUGCCAGCAGGUGGCAAUACAAGCAGGAUUCCUGCCCCAACCUCAGGCCAGACCCAGAGAGUGCUUGAGAGCAUGGUCAACACUGAGACCACACAAAUGGUGGACCUGGAUGACUUUGUUGAGAUGACAAAAAAAUAUGCACAAGGUAUUGCACCCCAAACUGACAGCCAGGUCACAGCCAACAAUGAAAGCACUACACAUCACCACAGAAAUGAGGAGCACAAGACUGAUGUGGUACCAUCAGGAUGCAAGAAGGCCUUCAGACGUUCUUGGAGUUUAGCCGCAAGUGGGAUGAUGCUGGACACUCGGCAGAAUGGGGCCAUAAGAAAAGCCAUGGACAUGAAAUCACGCUUAAUGAUGCUGCAGUCCCCGCUGCAUAGCAUCAUCGAAAUGAAAGAGCACCUGGUGGACUGGGCGUCGCGGGCCGGCGUCCAGUGGCUGAGCACAAUCAUCCCAACUCAACAUGUCAAUGCACUUAUUUUCUUCUUCAUCAUCAGCAACCUGACAGUUGACUUGUUUGCUUUUGUCAUCCCUUUGCUGGUCUUCUACCUUUCCUUUAUCUCCAUGAUCAUCUGCACACUGCGGGUUUUCCAGAGCAGUAAGACUUGGGAGAACUUUAGAGCUUUGACAUCUCUGCUGACACGUUUUGAGCCCGGCCUGGAUGUGGAGCAGGCAGAGACCAACUUUGGCUGGAACAACCUAGAACCUUACCUCUAUUUUAUUGUGUCCGUUUUCUUCGUCAUUUUCUCCUUCCCCGUGGCUGAUAAGGGCUGGAUCCCCUGCUCUGAGCUCUCCACUGUGGCCAUCUUCUUCACUUUUGUCAGCUACAAGAGUCUCAGCCCCACCGCUGCAACAUAUGCACGCCGAGCAAUGCUCAUAGAGGUUACCUCGUCUCUGUGUUGCCUGACCCAGUUCCUACCAGAGAACAGGACUGUGCUUCGCUGCCUAGGGCACACCUUCGCCGCACUGCCACUAGGGGAGUCAGUGGUGCUGAAACUCAGCCUCCCCUGCCUGCUCUAUGUUUAUCUCUUCUAUCUGUUCUUCAGCAUGGCCAGGAUGCGUGGUUUCAGGGGGACUUACUGCUUUCUGGUUCCGUACCUUGUGUGCUUCAUGUGGUGUGAGUUCUCGGUGGUGCUCCUCCAAAAUUCCUCUCCCGUGGGUUUGAUGCGCACCUGUGUGGCCUAUUUCCUCUUCCUAUUUGCCCUUCCUGUUCUGGCCUUUGGCCUCGCCGCCAUGCUCUUCAUCCAGGUCUUCAAGUGGUUCCUCGAGCUGGAGCUGACGAAGGUGAUCGUGACCCUAGUAGUCUGUGCAAUCCCUGUCACCCUUCGACUGUGGACGCGCUUCAGCAUGUCUAUUCUGGAUGUCUUCAGCUCACUGACCCACCGCGGCCCGGUCAAACUUAUCCUACUCUGCAUCUCCAUGGUUAUCCUGCUCUUCUCUAUCUAUGUGUACCAUGCCGAGGGACAGAAGGUGUACAAUUCCACCUUGACGUGGAAACAGUACAGUCAAGCGUGCGGACCCCCUGCCUGGGAAACUAAAGGCAUGGCCCAGACACAGCUCUUCUGUAGUCACCUGCAUGGACACAGAGUCACCUGGGCCGGACGUUUCAAGCACGUCCGCGUGGCCGAGACAGAGAACGGGGCACAGUCGGUCAUCAACAUGUUGCCGGUGUUCAUGGGAGACUGGCUGCGCUGCCUCUACGGAGAGACGUAUCCCAAAUGUGAGCCAAAGAAUGUCACCAUCGCAAACUUAACAUCUGCCAAUUUGGCCACUGGUACUGCAUCGGCUUCCAUUUCACUGCCCAUCCUGCUCCGAAUGCAAGAAGAAGAAGAAUUGUGUCAGAUCAAGGUUCUGGCCAAACAAACCUGCCACAUCAAGCGCUUCGACAGCCACCGCUUCGAGGUGACAAUAGCAAUGAUCCGAGAGGGUAGUAUGGAGGCAGAGGACCCGGCCCGAGAUAUAAUCCUAAUGGCGAGCCAUGAGUUCAGGCAAGUUCUGCUGAACCUAAAUCCUGGUGAUAUGGUGGAGUUCAGCACCAAGCUGGAGGGCCGUCUAGGAUCCAGAGCUCCAGCCUUCGAGUUGAAGGCGAUCCACUGUCUGGACUGUGCCGCGUCACUGCUAACUGGAGGCAGGCAAGUGAAGAUAGAGAGAGACUGGAGACGCACCACAAUGAGAGCCCUCAAGUUUGCGUUCGAUUUUUUCUUCUCUCCUUUCUUGUCUGCAAGAAUCACAGCCUGAGAAGAAAAGUGAGUAAA